AUGGUCGAAACAAUCAAAAUCGAAACAACAACAAUACCUAUAACAACAACAACAACAAUACUCGCUCACCUCCUAAUCCUACCUCUUCUUUCUCUUCCUCUGCCUAUUCUUCUCCUUUGCCAUCUUCUUCUCCAUCCUUUCCCGUCGCCCCACUCGUUGUCACCAGACUGGCAGGGUGAGUCCGCUCACUCUGGCAGCCUGGAAUGUUCGUUCCCUUUUAGACAAUCCGAGGAGCAACCGACCGGAACGGAGGACGGCGCUAAUGGCACGAUAAUUGGCGCGAUACAAGGUGGACAUCGCCGCACUCAGCGAGACCCGAUUCUCCGAACAAGGUCAACUGGAGGAGGUGGGUGCCGGCUACACCUUCUUCUGGAGUGGUCGACCGAAGGCAGAGCGACGAGACGCGGGCGUCGCCUUCGCCAUCCGGAACGACAUCGUGGGACGACUGCCCUGCUUGCCACAGAGCAUCAACGAUCGCCUGAUGAGCCUCCGUCUGCCUCUCCGGGGUGGAGGCAAAUUCGACACCAUCAUCAGCGCCUACGCUCCGCCGAUGAGCAGCCCCGACGCCGCCGCAAAAGGCAAAUUCUACGCGGAACUGCAUGCCCUCUUGGCGACUGUGCCGAAGGCGGACAAGUUGAUUGUCCUCGGUGAUUUCAACGCCCGCGUCGGCACAGACCACACAGCCUGGAAAGGAGUGCUGGGUCCCCACGGUCUCCGCGGCUCAAACGACAAUGACCUGCUGCUUCUACGCACCUGCGCAGAACACCGCCUCAUCCUGACGAACACCAUCUUCUGUCUGCCGGAGCGAGAAGAGGCCACCUGGAGGCACCCUCGGUCGCGCCAGUGGCGCCUGCUGGACUAUGUCCUUGUCCGGAGGCGAGAUCAGCGGGACGUGCUGGCGACGAAGGCGAUCGCGGGCGCUGACGGGUGGACCGACCAUCGCCUCGUCAUCUCGAAGAUGCGUAUUCGCCUACAGCCUCGCAGGAGACCACAAGGUAAGCGACCCCUAGGUAAGCUGAAUGUUGCCUUGUUGUCUUUGACCGCUCACAAUCUUCAUUUCAGAAUUAGCUAGCUCAACGGCUAGACAACCUUCCAAUCGCUGCCGCCGCUGA